ACACUAACUAUGAUCACAUGACUCCGCGUGUGUCACCUGAUUCUCCGGGUCCACCCUGUGUUGUGGAGCCCGAAGCCAAGCUAGCUGUUAUUGUGAUCUUCUAAAAGGUUGAUAUUUCAUAAACUCAUUCGUCUGCUGCUAUGUAAAGAGUUAUAACCUUACGUUUAACUUUGGCGCAUGCGUAGAUUGGACAUACACUGGUGUGGCCUGGAGUUGUCAGAGCUAGCUAGCAACUUAGCAAUGUCGUUUUAGGAUUUUUUUAUUUCCGCCUUUAUUGAAAUUUGUGGCGAAGCAAUUCGUUGGUGAAGAAAUAGGCUGACACGAGAUAUAUUCAACCAUGGCCUCAAUUCUUGACGAGUACGAGGACUCGCAGAACACCAGGCAAAGUGCGCAGCAGCACAGCCGCCUAUCAUCUGCCAACAUCGGGUUAACACAUUCAGGUAGGUCGCCUUCUCUCUGCGAGAAUGCUGUCAUGUUUUCAGAGUGUAAAAGCAUAUGAAUUAACAGUGCAGUCUGUCCUUCUUGUUCCCUCCCUGUCAGGAUUUGUAAAUGUGAGGCUUGAGGAGGAGAAGCCAAUCUUCAACAAGCAGAGGAUCGAUUUUACUCCACCUGAGAGGAUAAACCAUCUUGCAGUCUGCAACAAUCAGCUCUGCAUGAGUCUGGGAAAGGACACUCUGCUGAGGCAAAUAACACGAUCAUAACACAGUGAUAACACUCACUAUUGUUUGUAUGGUUUUGAUUUGAUCAGUCUUUAUUGGCUGUUCCUCUUUGUGAUUAGAAGCACUGAUCUGUUGUUGGCUGUUGUUGUUUACUGGAGCUGAUACAGUAUGCUGAUACUGAUGUUUUAUGUUCUUUUGCACUUGACAGGAUUGACUUGGCCAAGCCAGAUCAGCCUAAUCAGACCGAGUUAGGAAGGAAAGAUGAGAGCAAAGUGCACAAGCUGUUUUUAGACCCCACUGGUGAGCAUAUAAAAACCUUUUUGGGCAUUGCUUCAAAAAUAAUGAAUGAACAAUGUGUUGUUAAUUAUGUUUAGACUUCCUGAAAGUCAGUAGACUGGAAUAAUACCUGCAGGAUUACAUUAUUUGUGGAUAUUGAAUGUAGAUGCUGCAGUCAGUAUUUAUAAGCAUCAGCCAGUCCCACUGAGCAUUUUUUGGUCUAAAAGAGGUCUAAUAGACGUCUAAAUGUAGCCUAGACAACUGGUCUAAAAUCAGGCGACCACAGGUCUAAAAAUGAAAGUUUAAAUAAGUCUAAAUCUGGGCUAUAUCUAUACUGCACUGUAUAUUGCUCAACGGCGAUCAUAGUUAUUUUGGUUAAGUACUUAGAGAUCAGCUAUGCAACUAAACAGUUAUCGAAUAAUGGGUUAAAGUAAAACGUCUAAAUUCCAUCUAAGAAUAUACAGAAUGUAGACGGUUAAAAUUAGGUCUAAAAAAUACUAGAUGUCUAACAGCCGUCAACUGCUCAGUGGGUUAUUUUUACAUAAAGUAUAUUGCAUACUGAGCGAAUGAUCAACUAUAUCACUUUUUUAACAGCAGAAGCUGGUAACUAGAAAACCAUCUGCACCUCUUAUUAAAAUAACUUGUUUAAUUUUUUUGAUCAACCUUGUUUGCGUGCCCAGUGAGGCUCAACUUGGAUUGAUGUUGAUUUAUGCUUGAAGUACUUCUGUGUUUACAUAAUGAGUCAGAGAUUGAAUUGGAGCCACAUUUACUACAUCAGUGAUGACUUGACCUCUGUCAUGGUUAUGACCUUUUAACAGCAGAUUUAUCCUCCUCCUUAUCGUCCCACCGCAGGCUCCCAUCUGCUGAUCAGCCUCAGCACCAGCGAGUGUCUGUACCUCAACAGAAACACGCAGAAGGUGCGCAGUUUGUCACGUUGGAGAGGCCACCUCAUCGAGAGCGUAGGCUGGAACAAGCUGCUAGGUAACGAGACCAACACAGGACCUAUCCUGGUCGGCACCAGCCAAGGCAUCAUCUUUGAGGCCGAGAUCUCUGCAACUGAGGGGAGCCUGUUCAACACCAAUCCAGAUCAGUACUUCAGACAGGUCAGAAUGUGAUAGGAGGUGUAUUUAAGGGUCUAUGGAUGUGGGCCAUGUUUACAAAAUGUUCUAUUCAAUACUGAGCAAUAAGGAUGUCUGUAUUUUGUAUCCAUGAGGAUUGGUCCUUCAAAAUGUAUUCAUUCAGCUGACUCUGUUCGAGACAGGUCCACUCCCUGGAGGAGGAUGGAAAGCCUGCACCGGUCUGCUGCCUGGAGGUGGAGCGUGGCCUUGAGAACAAGUACUUCAUCAUCGCCACCACCCGCAAACGUCUGUUCCAGUUUGCCGGGAAGGUAGCAGAGGGUUCGGAGCAGCAGGGCUUUAGCUCCAUCUUCAGCCAGAAUCAGGACCUGCUGCCCAGUUUCCAGGAGUUCCCGGCCAACAUGGGCUACAGCGAGAUCACCUUUUACACCUCAAAGCUUCGCUCCUCACCUAAAGCGUUUGCAUGGAUGAUGGGAAAUGGAGUUCUUUAUGGUCAGCUGGACUAUGUCAGACCUGACUCCCUGCUGAGUGAUGUGCAGGUAACUUCUUUUUGUUCCUUUACCUCUCCAUGUUUGCCUUUACUGUUUCUUUAUCCUUAUGUUUUUCCUUCUUGCCUUCAAACAGGUUUGGGAGUACACCCCGGAUAUAGAUCUGAGCGUCAACAAGCCCAUCUCCAUCGUGUUGACCCAGUUCCAUUUCCUGCUGCUGCUACAUGACCGAGUUAAGGCCAUCUGCACCCUGAAUGGACAGGUGGUCUACGAGGAUGUGUUCCCUGAUAAAUUCGGCGUUCUUAAGAAGAUGAUCAAGGACCCCAUUGGUGGUUUGGUGUGGAUCUACACCGAGAGAGCUGUUUUCCGGUACCACGUCCAGCGAGAAUCCAGAGAUGUGUGGCAGAUGUACAUGAGCAUGAGUAAAUUUGAUCUGGCUAAGGAGUACUGCAGAGACCGACCCGAGUGCAUGGAUAUGGUGCUGGCGAAGGAGGCGGAGCACUGCUUCCAGAACAAGCGCUACAUCGAGAGUGCCAAAUGCUACGCGCUGACUCAGAACUAUUUCGAGGAAAUAGCGCUCAAGUUCAUCGAAGCCAAACAGGAAGAGGCCUUGAAGGAGUUUUUGCUGAAGAAGCUCAAUAAUUUGAAACAGAGCGAGAGAACGCAGAUCACCUUACUGGUUACCUGGCUAGCUGAGCUCUAUUUGAACAGACUCGGCCAGCUGGAGAGCGAUGGGAACAGCAUCAUCUUCCAGGAGACCCGUGAGGAGUUUCGCAACUUCCUCAGCAACUCCAAACACAAAGAGUGUCUGUUCAACAACCGCAGCACCAUCUACGAUCUGUUGGCCAGUCACGGCAAUGUGGACGACAUGGUUUUCUUCUCAGUGGUGAUGCAGGACUACGAAAGAGUGAUAUCCCACUACUGCCAACAUGACGACUUCAGCGCUGCUCUGGAGGUCCUCUCCAAGCACUGCGAUCAAAAGCUCUUUUACAAAUUCUCCCCAGUCCUCAUGCAGCACAUUCCCAAAAAAGUAGUGGAUGCGUGGAUCCAGAUGGGCAAGCGGCUGGACCCGAAGAAGCUCAUCCCAGCUCUGAUGAACUACAGCCAGAUGGGAAGCACCCAGCAGAUCAACGAAACCAUCCGCUACAUGGAGUUUUGUGUGUAUGAGCUGACUGUGACAGAGGAGGCCAUCCACAACUACCUGCUGUCGCUCUACGCUAAGUAUAAGCCAGACUCUCUGCUGUGGUAUCUGGAGCAGGCAGGAACACACGCCUCAGAGAUCCACUAUGAUCUGAAGUACGCACUCAGGCUCUGUGCAGAGCAUGGCUACCUACGGGCCUGUGUUCUGGUUUAUAGGAUUAUGGAGCUGUACGAGGAGGCAGUGGAUCUUGCUUUACAAGUAAGAAAAAAUGUCUAUCUCUAAUAUCCCAUGAUAAAAAAAUAUUAUUUUGACGUAAGAGUUUCACACAAGUGUCUAACCUACUGUAUAUAUAUAUAUAUAUAUUUAUGUAGGUCGAUGUAGAUUUGGCCAAAUCUUGUGCAGAUCUGCCCGAGGAUGACGAGGAGCUGAGGAAAAAGCUUUGGCUGAAGAUCGCCCGCCACGUCGUCCAAGAGGAGAAAGAUGUGAAGAAAGCCAUGAACUGCCUAUCCAGCUGUAACCUGCUCAAGAUUGAAGACAUUCUGCCCUUCUUCCCAGACUUUGUCACUAUUGACCAUUUUAAGGUGCGUGUCUGAAGCCCUUUUUCGUAUGCAAGUCCUUCACAGCUAUGCCAUCACUAUGCCUUUAACCCCGGUAUGGUGCAACACUCAUGUCCCAGUGUGAUUUGACCUUGCGCUUACAGCUUUGCAGAAGCAUGAGAGGCACAACCAGGCAUGCACUCACAUUCACUGCUGUCCCACCCUGCCAUCUUGUUUGUUUUUAUGCUUUGACUCAAUCCCACCAUCUAUGACUUUUAUGUUGCUGACCUUGCUUGAUCAGGCAAUAUAAAUGUGUUACCUCGUGCAGUCAGAGUAUUAACACACAGAAUACAGUACAAACAAAGUAGAGGUGAACAUUCACGUGUUUGGUCCAUUUUAACUCCUCAGGAGGCCAUCUGCAGCUCUCUCGAGGAGUACAAUCAGCACAUCGAGGAGCUAAAGCAGGAAAUGGAGGAGGCCACAGAAAGCGCCAAACGCAUCAGAGAGGACAUCCAGGAAAUGAGGAACAAAUACGGUGUGGUGGAUUCCCAAGAAAAGUGUGCUUCAUGUGACUUCCCAUUACUCAACAGGCCUUUCUAUCUGUUCUUGUGCGGCCACAUGUUCCACUAUGACUGCCUCUUUCAGGUAACAGUUCAGGGCUCAAUGCAAAUAGGUGCCACUACAGGAAUGAUGUGUAAUAAGAGAUCCAAUGUGUGCCUUGUUUUCUUUUACCUUCCAGGAAGUGACCCCUCACCUGUCGGUGUACAAGCAGACUCGUCUGGAGGAGCUGCAGAAAAAGCUGGCUUCCACGACACAGUCCUCCAAGUCACGCCACCGCACUCUGACGAAGGAUGAAGGAGACACGUCCAGCCUGGGAAAGGGCAGUGCGGGCUCCAGCCGCGAGCAGAUAAAAUCAGACAUCGAUGACAUCAUUGCGUCUGAGUGUGUGUACUGCGGCGAACUGAUGAUCAAAUCUAUUGACAAGCCUUUCAUUGACCCACUGAAGUUCGAGGAGGAGAAAUCCAGCUGGCUAUGAAGUCCACCUCCUCCUCUCUAAAUGUGAAAAGACACGACAGCUCACCGUUUAUAUGUCAGUGAAACUGCACCAUCUGUAGUACUGACCAGUUCAGUGGAUAUAAACUUCACCUGUAUGCCUGUUGGAAGUGCCUACUGCAGAAAAUUGUAUCUUCAGUUGUUCUCUAAGAUUACACUUAUUUUUCUGGCAGUAUUAGAAGCUGGUUUUACAGAAACUGUUAACAGUGGAAAUAGCUGAUGAUGUUGCGAUAUAAAGAAUUACCAGGGCUGCUCUGCACGUACAUUGUACCAGAUCUUCUGAUUCUGACCACAGACAAGGAUUUAAAGGCUGUAAUUGCAUAUAACUGCACUGAAUGACUGUAAACUCACUAGGCCAUGCACUUAUUUUGUCUUAAGCCCCUCUUCGACCAUAUCUGUGAUUCCCUUGCUAAGUUUGACCAUUCUGCUUUACAGCUCUGAGCUUAUCUUCCAAAUAAAUGAGGGGUGGAUUAAAGAACGGCAUUUAAUUACUAUUCUGUAAUUUAACUAAGGCCAAUUAAACGUUGUUAAUAUUAAAGAACUGUUUAUUCUGGCUGUAUUAAAUACUGAACAAAUUAUUUUGAGGUUGUUUGAAAUCAAGAAUCUUAAUCAAAGAGCCUCUAUGGUCAAUCUAAAGAGGGAGUAGAGUGAGGAUUACAAAAAAACAUCAGCACAUCAUAAAGCUAGGACAAGAUAAGGAUAAGAUCAUGAUAUUACUUAUUUAUUUUUAAGAAAAAAUGCAUUAUUGUGACAAAUGACCAUCAUAUUAAACUCCUACAAUAAUUUUUA